AUGCUUGAAUUUCCAUCAUACAAACGUGUCGGAUUUUAUCUUUCAUCAUUCAUUUUUCUUUUAAUAGUAACAAUAUAUAUGUUUUAUUCGAUUUCCGAAAACAAACCCUUAUGGCUAAAACCUUCGAUUUCACCUUAUGAUAAAUUUCGAAAUGCAGCUGUAGUUUCAGAAAAUCUUUUAUGUAGUGAAAUAGGAAGAAAUAUAAUGUUUGAGGGUGGAAACAGCAUUGAUGCUGCCGUUGCAAUACAAAUUUGUAUUGGUGUUACAAAUUUUCAUUCAUCAGGUAUAGGAGGUGGAUUUUUUAUGGUUUUUUAUGAACAAAAAACAAAAAAAUGUAUUACUAUUAAUGCUAGAGAAGCAGCUCCAUUACAAUCAUCAAAAACUAUGUAUAUAAAUGAAACUGAAAACUCUUUAAUUGGAUGGAAAUCUAUUGGUGUACCAGGUGAAAUUCAUGGAUUAUGGACUGCAUAUAAAAAAUAUGGAAGUAAAAAAGUUUCAUGGAGCAAAUUGUUAGAACCUUCAAUUAAUUUAGCAUAUAAUGGGUUUCCAAUUUCUCAAAGUUUAGAAACAUUUAUUGAAAUAAGAAGUAAACAGUUAGAAAAUUUUCCAGAAUUAAAAGAAUAUUUAACAAAUCCUAUAACAAAACAAUAUUAUAAAGAUGGUGAUAUAAUGAAACGUCCUUCACUAGCAAAAACUUUACAAGAAUUAGCUUAUUCAAAUGAUCCUACUUAUUUAUUCUAUAAAGGAAAAAUUGGAAGAAUUAUAAGUAGAGAUAUAACACAAAAUGGUGGAUAUAUUACACUUCAAGAUUUAUCUGAAUAUUUUUCUAUUGUUGAUGAUGAUCCUAUUUUAGUUGAUUCUUUAGGUAAUAAUUUAACAAUGUGUGGAUGUAAACCACCAUCUGGAUUUAUAGUUACUCAAUCAAUUAUAUCAAUUAUAAAUGAAAAAUACAAAAGAAAAAAGAAAAUUGACAUAGAUAACCCAAAAUUGUGGCAUAGAAUUAUUGAGACACAAAAAUUUGCCUAUGCUCAAAGAACAAAAUUAGGUGAUAUGAAUUUUGUUGAAACGGCAGAAUUUAUUAUGAAUUAUAUGAAAUCAGAUAAAUUUAUAAAAAAAGUAUUAAAUGACUUGCCUGAAAAAGCACAAAAUUUAAAGUAUUAUACUAAUGAUUUAUAUUUUGAUCCUUUAGAUAAUGGAACUAGUCAUUUAUCAGUUAUUGAUAAUGAAGGUAACGCAGUUUCAUUAACAUCAACAAUUAAUAGAGAAUUUGGUUCACUUUGUCUUUCAAAAGAAUUAGGAAUAGUAUGGAAUGAUCAAAUGGAUGAUUUUAGUUCACCAAACUAUUCAAAUUCUUUUGGUUAUCCACCAUCACCUUCAAAUUUUAUUUUACCUAAAAAAAGACCUAUGAGUUCAAUGUCACCAAUGAUUAUAUAUAAUAAUUUUACAGGAAAAGUACGUUUAGUUAUUGGAGCUAGUGGUGGAUCAUAUAUUAUUUCUUCAGUUGCACAAACAACAAUAAGAAAUUUAAUUUUUAAUCAAACAAUUAAAGAAGCUGUAGAUGCCCCUAGAUUUCAUAAUCAAUUUAUACCAUCAAAAACAAAAGUUGAAUAUGGUGUUCCUGAUUCAAUAACGACAAUUUUACAAGUUAAAAAUCAUCAAACAUUGAUGAAAAUACCAAAAUUAAAAAAUCAUGUUGCAGCAUUAGAAAAAACAGAAGAUGGAUUUAUCUAUGGAGCAACAGAUCCUAGACUUACAAUACAUAAUUAUCCAACAGGUUUUUAA